AUGGACCACAUAAAUAAGCUUACCCAGAUUGAGGAUCCCAGAGAACAGUGGCGGCGAGAGCAGGAACGGAUGCUGAAGGAGUAUUUGAUUGUAGCCCAGGAGGCUCUCAAUGCCAAGAAAGAAAUCUACCAGAUUAAGCAGCAGCGGUUCGAGCUGGCUCAGGAGGAGUACCGGCAGCUGCACAAAAUGUGUGAGGACGACAGCCGCUCCUACACUAGCUCCUUCUCUGGAUAUUCAGCAAAUACAAAGUACGACCCAUACCAAAUUAAAGCAGAAAUAGCAAGUCGUCGGGAUAGGCAUUCCAGAUUAAAACGAGAGCUGACCCAGAUGAAGCAAGAACUGCAGUACAAGGAGAAGGGGGUGGAGACCCUGCAAGAGAUUGAUCGUAAGAUGUCAAGUGCUCACACCAACUACAAACUGGAUGAGGCCCAGGCGAUAAUGAGUGAGCUCCGGACCAUCAAGAAAGCCAUUUGCACUGGCGAGAAGGAGAGGCGGGACCUGAUGCAGAGCCUGGCCAAGCUGACCGAUGGCUUCAAGAACAGCUUUUCUCUUAGCGACCCUCCGCAAGAGUUCCCUCACAAUCCAGGUGUGCUUGGCGAUUCUUUACCUCAACAGUUCUGCGAUGCUGGGUCUCAGACUGACAUCAUUGGAGAGUUUGUCUUUGAUGAUAAAACAAGACUUGUAGACCGAGUCAGGCUUAAUUGGCAGUAUGAGGAAGCCAGAAAGAGAGUGUCAACGAUCCAGCAGCAGCUGGCCCAGCUUGAUAACGAGUCGUGGCCGGGCCUGGCCGAGGCCGACAGGGACCGGCUGCAGCUCCUCAAGGAGAAGGAAGCCCUGCUUCAAGAGCUGCAGCUCAUCAUUCAGCAGAGAAGGCCGGUGGAAGACGUGGCCCGGCUGGAGGAGGAGAGGAGGCGCCUGGAGGAGGAGAUCCAGCGAGCGCGGGCCACGUCGGCGCAGGGCGCCACGGAAAGGAUUCUACUUCAAGAAAAAAGAAAUUGUCUACUUAUGCAGCUGGAAGAAGCUACCCGCCUAACGUCCUAUCUCCAGUCCCAGUUAAAAAGCCUGUCCGCCAGCACUCUGACUGUGUCUUCGGGGAGCAGCCGCGGGUCCCUGGCCUCCAGCCGGGGCUCGCUCGCCUCCAGCCGCGGGUCCUUGAGCUCCGUCAGCUUCACCGACAUCUACGGCCUCCCGCAGUACGAGAAGCCCGACAUCGAGUGUGGCCAGCUUCUGCGCUUCGAUCUCAUUCCCUGCGACUCCCUGGGACGAGAUGCCCCCCUCUCAGACCCCCCGGGCCCCUCGGGCUUCCACACGCAGCGGCGCUCCCUGGACACGCCGCAGUCCUCCCGCUCCUCCCUGUCCUCUCUGUCUCCCCCGAGCUCGCCCUUGGACACGCCCUUCCUCCCGGCCUCGCGCGACUCCCCCUUGGCCCAACUGGGGGACAGUUUCGAGGUGCCCGGCCUGGGCGCCCUCGACAGACUGCGGGCUCAGGCCUGUGCUUUGGGGGACGAAGACUUGCAGGGCACGGCGUCCCUUCAGCCGCACGGGUUCCCGGGGGAUGGGGAAGGACCUCGCGAGCGAGGACCCCAAGUGACCGGCGCUCCCGCUCCCACGGCUGCAACAGUGACUCUUCGAGAAGACAGUGCCAAGAGGUUGGAGAGGAGAGCGCGCCGAGUGUCUGCAUGCCUGUCGGAUUAUUCGCUAGCCAGCGAUAGCGGGGUAUUUGAGCCUCCAACCAAAAGACACAUCCGCGUCUAUUUGCCACCGAUCGACUCUGGCACCCCGAACACUUACUGCUCUAAGGCUCUGGAAUUCCAGGCCCCCCUGGUAUUUAAUGAAAUUUUCAGAAUCCCUGUGCAUUCAAGCAUGUUGACGUUGAAGUCACUUCAGUUAUAUGUAUGUUCAGUGAGUCAGCAGCUGCAGGAAGAACUGCUGGGCAUUGCUCAGAUCAACCUGGCCGACUACGACGGGUCCAGCGAAAUGCAGCUGCGCUGGUACGCGGUGCAGGUGUUCAGCAGCUGCGGGCCGCCCAGGGUGAGGGAGAGCGAGCGGGCGGGGGGUGCCGCCGGGGACCCCGCACAAGCCGCCGCCGCCGCCGCCGCGGGAAAGACGGACGCGGUGACGGCGCUGCUGGCCAGAACCACCGCCCAGCUGCAGGCCGUGGAGCGCGAGCUGGCCGAGGAGCGGGUGAAGCUGGAGUACACGCAGGACGAGGUCCUCGAGAUGGAGCGGAAGGAGGAGCUCGCCGAGGCCGUGUCCGAGAGGAGUUGGCAAGCCGACUCGGUGGAUAGCGGCUGCAGCAGCUGCGCCCAGACCAGCCCCCCACACCCGGAGCCCUGCUGCGUUGGCGUCGACCCCCUCCAUGGACAUGCAUUUGCUGGCCAGGCCGAUCCUUACAGCCCCGAGAAACUUCAGCCUCCACCUCUGAAGGUCGAUAAAGAAACCAACACAGAAGAUGUCUUCCCAGAAGAAGUAGCGAGUCUUCCGAAGGAGAGGCCCAGCCGCAGGGCCCGCGGGUCGCCUUUCGUUCGGAGUAGCACAAUUGUGCGUUCUCAGACCUUCUCCCCUGGAGCACGAAGCCAGUAUGUUUGCAGACUUUAUCGUAGUGACAGCGACAGUUCGACACUGCCCCGGAAGUCCCCGUUUGUCCGAAACACCCUGGAAAGACGGACCCUUCGCUAUAAGCAGCCCUGCAGGUCCUCCCUGGCCGAGCUCAUGGCCCGCACCUCCCUGGACCUGGAGCUGGAUCUCCAGGCCUCCAGAACGCGGCAGAGGCAGCUGAACGAGGAGAUCUGCACCCUGCGUGAACUGAGGCAGCGCUUAGAAGAUGCGCAGCACCGGGGCCAGACAGACCUCCCCCACUGGGUGCUGCGGGACGAGCGAUUCCGGAGCCUGCUGAAGGAAGCAGAGAGGCAGACAAGACAGACCAAACUUGACUUCCAUCAAGAACAGGCAGCUGAGAAGAUGCUGAAGAAGGCCUCCAGAGGGGUCUGCCAGCUGCGUGGGCAGAAGCGCAGGGAGCCCGUCCAGGUGCAGACCUUCAGGGAGAAGAUAGCAUUUUUUACAAGACCAAGGAUUAACGUACCUCCGCUGCCUGCCGACGAUGUUUGAUAUAGUGCUUUGUACACAUGAAGUAUUUAUCUGCCUGGUUUAUUUUCAUGAAGUUCUUAGACUAGCUAAAUUUGUCCUUAAAAUAUUUGUGCAAAGCUAUUAAUAUACACACUUUGUAAAAAACACACACAUAUAUCUAUACAUAUAUAUUUUAUAAUAGUGACGGCAACAGGGCUUGGUUUUUCCUUGUUGUGAAAUUGACAUCUCUGAAGACAGGUUAUUUUAUAAAAGAUCAACUAUCGUGUUAAGAGUGUACAGUUUUUACGCUGAUUUAUUUGACUUAAAGGCUGGAAGACAGAAACAAAGUGAGUUCAGGCAAAUUCACUGUAUUGUAAUUUAUUUAUAGUACUUUUUUUUCCUUGAAGGAAAAUACUGACUUUAAGAUGUAUUUUAAGACUAAAAUUUUGUGCUUCAGUAUUUGUCAUGCAGUAGAAUGGAACUUUGGGGCCGGUUUUGUUUCUGACGCCCAAAACGCAAACACUCUGCUGAAUUCGUCACUUGUAUCAGUUUCCGAUAUGUGUAUUUACCGUGUAU